CUAAAAUUCGCCUUGUUGUUUUGGCCCGCCUCCGGCAAAGUUUUGUUUUCUACAGAAACAGUGUAAGACAUCCGCCUGAAAAAAGCAACACAACACGUUUAAAAAAGUAAUCUUAACACAUUCCGCGAAAAAAUACAGCUAAACGUCACCUUGAAGACUUGUAGAUUUAUUAAGGACAGAGUUCGAUGCUCAUUUCGUUGGAAAAUGAGCCGUGGAAUUUGUCAUUGGGGUCCACUAUUAGCGUUAUCAAUCAUAUGGACUCUUUUUCUUUGUGGAAUUUAUUGUAUACUGCUAUGGUACCCUCCUUGGACUUCAGCAGCAAGCGUGAUACACUUAAUAUUUUAUGUUUCAUGGAUGAUUCUUAUCAUGAAUUACUUUAUUAAAUCAGUUACUCUUGGACCUGGAUAUCUUCCACUAGAAUGGAGACCGGUGAGCAGUGUUAAUUAAGAUGGUUUUCGACAUACUAUCGCGUUUGGGUAAAAUUUGCGCACAGCCCCAUACCACAUUACGCAUUCAGUUCUUGGAUAGAGAAAACAACGACAAAAACAAUACAUUGCCAAUGGGAAAACAGAUUUGUUUAACAAUAGUAUGGGGCUGUGCGGAAAUUUUACCCGCGUUUGCAUGUAGCAUAUGAAUUUUUCUUUCCAAUAGUCUUAAAUUGUAUCUUUCUUUGAGAAAUACUGAGACCAGUCUUGUGAGAAUUGUAGAGAGUCAAUCAAAUCUUUCAAGGGACCUGGAAAAUGUUUUCCAACAGUAUUGAUGUUAAUGAAAGGGCUAUAAAGACCCCUGUUAACUUGUCUUGGUCAACUAACUUUGCAUGACAGGUGGCAACUUUUUGUGCUUACUAAACUAUGGACAGGGAAAUGCCCUAGACCAACAACUUUUUAAUCAAAUCCCAAAUGGCAAGGUGGAUUUUAAAAACUAAGUGGUUAGAAAAUUUAUAAUUUAAUACAGUGGACAUCUUGUAUUUAGGUGUAGAAAAAGCAAGGAGUCCAUGAUUUUUAAAUGUACAAGUACAGCAGGAUCUUUAUGAUGCCCUUUUUGUAAUCUACACUGUUGUAGGAUGAUGAUCAAAGUGAAGCACUGUUGCAGUACUGUGGUCUGUGCAAAGGUUACAAGGCACCCAGGGCACAUCACUGUAGCAAAUGUGGACGGUAAUUAUGUGUGAAUUAGUUUGCAUGUUAGCAACAUUUUUAUUUGUGAAAUGAAGUGGACCUUUUCACAGCCAGGGUCUAGGAAUCAGAGCUCCUCUUUGUUUUAUACAUUUUUCUUGAUAUUGCUUUCUCUAAAUUUGUUGUUUAAUUAAACCCAACUUACUGAUAUUUUUUCUGUCUCAUCACCUUUCCAUUUGGGAAUGUGUUGAAGUUGUAAGGAGAAAUUCCUUUUUGGUCAUUCAAUUCACAAAAUAAUAUGGCCCUCAUAGCAUCCACAGUUAAUCCCAAUUGGGAAAUGAAGAAGUAUUGCAGCUGUUCGUUAGAUAUUAAGCUGACCUAUCACAAGGUGCAACAAUGUACCCCCUUCUGCUCCCACCCCCUUCUCCUCCCCUCACCUCCCACUUUCCCUGCCUUUCCUCUCCCCCUCCCUCUCCCAACAUUUUGUUAGGUUUCUUUGAUAGUAUGCUACAACGUGGUGAAACAAACCAGGAUCUAGACCUGGUGCACAUUUCUUAAAAGACCCAAAAACUUCACAGGCCUGCAUAUAGCCCAAAAAAAUUUAAUGGGCAUUACUCAGAGCACACAGAAAUUUUGGGCCCUAGAAACUAUUAUUAUUAUGUUUGACUAUUCAUUCUCUGUCCACCAGUUCUUAGGAAUCAGUUGCAGAUUUAAUUUCCUUGACAGGUGUGUCAUGAAAAUGGAUCAUCACUGUCCAUGGAUCAAUAAUUGUGUGGGUCACUUCAAUCAUAGAGCCUUUACGCUGUUUCUAUUUUUUGUUCCCAUUGGGUGUACACAUGCAGCUGUGGUUUUUAUAUGUUGCACUGUGCAGCAGUUUCAUUUGGUAAGUUGGUGUUGUUUUUAUUUUUUUUGCUUUUUAUGGGCCUCUACUUUGUCUUGAUCUAUCAAAGUGUAAAAACAGAGACCUUACAAUUGGUCACUAACAUCUUUACUCGUUUUUUUCUUACCCUAGCUUUCCACAGGACCCUAUAGACGAGCUAUCUUCCAGCGAAAUGCUGUUGUUUCAUUUACAGUCUAUCGCAUGAUUAUGGUGUUGUUUUGUAUUGGUUUGUCAAUUGGUGUUACUGUAGCUGUCGGCAUUCUUCUGUAUUACCAGGUAUAAGUUGUUGCGAUAAGAAACUUUUAUACUCAUUUUCACUUGGAUAGAACCUUUUUGCAAUUUUGUUUUUAUCUUUUAGAUGAAAGGAAUAUUAACAAACAAGACAGCAAUAGAAGGAUGGAUUGCAGAAAAGGUUUUUGGCAUGUUUGUUUUCCAUUCUUAAUUAUUGCAAAACAUAUCAUUAUAUGAUCAUAUCUUACCUAUCCAUGUAUACAUCAUGUAAAUACUCCCAUUAUAUUGGAAUAAAUGAAGGCUGGUUAGGGUAGACACUUCUGAACUUAAUAUGGUGUUACUGCUGUUUAAUUUGACAGGCUGACAGAUAUCGGCCCAAUGGAGAAUCUUUCACAUACCCUUACAAUCUUGGCCAGAAAGAAAAUUUUAAACAAGUAAUGUGAACAUUGAGAAUCAAUGUUAGCAUCAGCAAAACUGUGCACCCAUCCCUCCCCUAGCCCAGCAUUAAGCCAAGGUUGUUGUCAGUGGACUAUUGUUGGGUUAAGGGAGGGGUAAGUGCACAGUUGCUCUGGUACUUGUGUUGAUCCAACAUUUUUAUAUUUUUACUUGAUGAUAACUUAAGCCUUUAACUCCCAAGAGUGACCAAGACAGAAUUUCUCUUAACAAUAUCAAUACAGUAGCAACCAGAUAAGUGAGGAGAAUAAAGAAAAAGAUCAAUUUGGGGAUUAUUAGUUGAUCCAAUACUAAAUUCUCUUAAUUAACAUUAUAGUAACCAUAUGGUUGACAGUAAGGAGAAUUACAAAUUUAGUCUUCUACUUCUACUUCUAGAGGAUUAAAGUUAAGCCUGAUUCUCAGAUGAUCUGAGCUGGUUAACUUCAACACGAUGAGGUUGUGGAAUAGAGCAACCACUGGCUGUCUGAGAAUCAGACUACUCUAAUUUCUAAUUGUGACAGUUUUGAAUUUUUUUCAUUCUGUGUAGGACAGUUAUUAUUGUGCAAUUUCCUGAUUAUCUGUUUAAAAAUACUUUUAGGUGAUAACAUUAUGGCAAGAUUAUGUUGGAGAUGGAAUAACAUGGCCUGUUGUUGAAGGAUGUGAUCAGUUUACGCUGACGGUAUAGGAAAUGAACUGAGAUCUCUGUAUUUUUCCUGUUGCUCAAUGUUUGACCCUCAGACUGUAACUGUUACUUUAUAGUUAGGACUAAUUACUUCAACUCAAUUUGUCAAAAUCUGGUAAUUUUUGUAGUUCUUCAUUUCAUUUUCUUUUUCUUCCCAUUUUAGAAGGAACAGUUGGAGCAGAAGAAAUUGAAAAGAGAAAGAACAGUGAGUUAAAAAAUCAAAUAAAUAUAAUUAUGUACCUUGUGUAAAGGAAACUCAACAGGAAUUAAAUUUCAUCCCAGCCUAUACAAGUUUAAGGUUCUGAUGUGAUAUUUUUCUAACCCACAUUUUCCAUCCUUCAGAUUUGUUGUAGAGUAGUAAAAUCUUAUAAUGGAAGUGUUAUUGCCUGGCGAGAGGGUCUGAGAACAUGUAUAUCCACUCCAUGGACAGACGAACCUCGCAUAAAAGUGGAACAGGGAGAUGUUAUUUUGGUCACUCGCUGGAGAAAGUAUGUUUUUAUUUUUGUAUGUAUGUCAAUACAUUUGUUAGUUUCUUUUCUUCUGCUCCAUUUGUGCUUCAGCUCCCUGUCUUUUUUUUCAUUUUCUUGUUCAAUUGUUUCUCAUUCUUCAGGUCUCUAUUUCUCCAUUACACUGUUCUUUCUUACAUGUACUUACAUUGUUCUGUGUUUGCUUUGUUUCCAUACUCUGUUCUUCAGAUCCUUCAUUUCUACUUUCUUGUUUUUCUUUCAUUAUUUGUUUCGUUCUUAUCUCUAUGCCUCAGUUCCAGUGUUUUCUCCUCCUUCCAUUCUUCUGGUCUCCCUUUGCUUUGUUUCCAAACUCUGUUCUUCAGAUCCCCCCUUCAUUUCUACUUUCUUCUUUUUCCUGUUUCAUCAUUUGUUUUGUUCUUAUCUGUUCCAUUCCCAUAUCUCUGUGCCUCAGUUCCAGUGUUUUCUCCUCCUUCCAUUCUUCUGGUCCCCCAUUGUUUGCUUUGUCUCCAAACUCUGUUCUUCAGAUCCCCCCCUCAUUUCUACUUUCUUCUUUUUCCUGUUUCAUCAUUUGUUUUGUUCUUAUCUGUUCCAUUCCCAUAUCUCUGUGCCUCAGUUCCAGUGUUUUCUCCUCCUUCCAUUCUUCUGGUCUCCCAUUGUUUGCUUUGUUUCCAAACUCUGUUCUUCAGAUCCCUCCCUCAUUUCUACUUUCUUCUUUUUCCUGUUUCAUUAUUUGUUUUGUUCUUAUUUGUUCCAUUCCCAUAUCUCUGUGCCUCAGUUCCAGUGUUUUCUCCUCCUUCCAUUCUUCUGGUCUCCCAUUGUUUGCUUUGUUUCCAAACUCUGUUCUUCAGAUCCCUCCCUCAUUUCUACUUUCUUCUUUUUCCUGUUUCAUCAUUUGUUUUGUUCUUAUUUGUUCCAUUCCCAUAUCUCUGUGCCUCAGUUCUAGUGUUUUCUCCUCCUUUCACUCUCCUGGUCUCCUAUUCUCACUUUUAUUAUCUCACCCUUCCUUCUUUCCUAUCAGCAUCCUUUCUGUCUUUCACACUCUGCUUGUAUCAUGUCUUCUUUUCUUUCUUAGCUGUAUGUUGUUGUUGCAUUUAAUGAUCAUCUCAUCACAACUCUUUGUUGGAGUGCGAGACUAUUUCAUUGUUCUGUGAUUUCUCACACUGUUUCUUGUUCUUUUGUUGUCAGGUGGUGGCUGUAUGGUGAAAAGUCUCUUCAUAAGUUAUCAGCCACUGGUGAGUCUAUGAGACAAAAAUUAAAUGUUCUUUAGGCGUAUGCAAAGAAGUAAAAAGUAAAAUAUCCCAACAUUUGCACAGCAACCUAAUGUAGGAAAACUAUUAUAACCGAAGCAUUUUGGUUUUUUUUUGGGGGGGGGGGGGGGGGGGGGGAAUAGGAAACUGGUGCUGCGUUGGUGCUGAAGUAUAACAAGAUCAUUUGGUUUUAUCAAAUGAGUUAAUAACAUAAUUUGGCCACCAUAAAGAGUUUCAAAGCUGACACUGAGCAUUAGCCCUUUAUCAGAGUGAAUAGUUUUGAUUUUUUUUUCUUUUAUGAUGGAAUCAUUUGGUUGUAAGUGCAUUUUAGCCAAUCACAAGAUGUCAGAAUAUUAUGCAGAGCCAUUCAGGUUGCUGUUGCAAUAUUCACUUCAAUUGGCAGCAGAAUUCCAAAAAAUCUAUUUCCUGGAAACAGAAGUUUCACUGUAAUUGAAUUUGAACAGUACAAACUAGAUGAGUUGAAAGUAAGGAUUGUUUAUAUGUGUUUUUUGUUGUUGUUGUUUUUUUAAUUUAAUUUAACAGAAAUUACAGAUGAAGUUCUGAGCAAAGAAAAAGGCUGGUUUCCUCGACAUUGUGUUGUGAGAAUAGAUGAGGAAGAGUCAGCUUCCAAGAAGGAUGAUUAA